GGGAAUCACAUCCAUGUAUGAGAUCGAAGUUUGGAUAUACAAACCCUGUCUGACGGCAGUUUUUGAAGUAGUAUUUGAUUUAUUGAUUCGUGUAUGUGGACCUGGAUUUCCCCUUUUUUCUCGCUCUGUAACCAGUAACUUGCAUGCACUAGCUGUUUUUUUUCCUGGCAUCCAAGCACAUCACUCCUACCAUACUUGAUUUCUCUUCCCAGAACUGUUGAGCUCCAGAUUUUUUUGUUUCCCCUCAUCCUCCGCCUCCUGAUCCAUGCUGCCCGCUGCUACGUCUACUUUGGUGAUUUCAAAUCUAAUCCCCAAAUCUGAUACCAGUAACGACUUUUUGUGUUUUACAUUGACGAGAAGAUGAUCACAGUGCUGGCGCUUCUGAUCCUGAAGGCAGGAACUGUGAGCGCUAUGGGGACAGUGACCUUUGAAAACCCAGAUAUUUGUGCUUUAAAGGGAACAUCGGUGGAGUUCAGGUGCUCGUACAGCUACCCAGAUGAUGAAACAGUUCAAAAGGCUGCAUGGUUCAAAGGGCAAUCCCAAUAUGGCAUUUGGAAACGUGUCAAGCUCUCAGAACUUCCUUCAUAUGAAAAUCGGACUGAAUAUGUUGGGGACAAACAGCACGACUGCAGCCUGGCAAUUCAUGAUCUGCAGGAUGGCGACACUGGACAUUACUACUUCAGAUUUGAUACAGAGAAUUUUGGAUGGCGGAGUAAAACAUCAGUACACCUGACUGUCACAGAGCCGAAUGCCACAGUGUACGCAGACACAGUGAGGGCAAGAGACAAAGUGACUCUUGAAUGUAGAACAUCCUGCCAACUUUCCAACAUAGUUUGGUUUAAAGAUGGACGUCCAGUAGCCCAACCAGAGUUUGAGGCUAAAGCAGAGGAUUCUGGGAAGUAUGUGUGUGCUUUCGAAGGACAUGAGUCUGCGCUAUCUGACCCCGUGUUUCUGGAUGUUCAGUAUCCCCCAAUGAAUGUGUCUAUUGAGGUCACCUAUCUUGACGAGCCAACAGUAGGCAGGAGUGUGAUUAUGACCUGCCAAAACACUGCUAACCCUGCAGCAGACAACUACACCUGGUACAGGGCUUCUGCUUCCAGUCUCAGCUCCAUGUCUCAAGUGGACUCAGGACAGAUGGUGUUAAAUCGCUCUGUGAAUGCCGCCGACACUGAACUCUACAUCUGCCAGGCCAGGAACAAACUGGGGGAAAGCAACUCGACUGAGGUGCUUCUGAUACCACUGUCAGAGGAGGGGACAGUGGACAACACAGACAGAGCGCAGGGAA